CAUAUUAAAUGUGUAAUAAAUAUAUGAGUAUUAUCUAUGGUGGGAAGUUAUGAAUCAAAGAAAACAAUAAUUUUUAAAACCAAAUCUUAACAUUAACAACUGUCGACUACUACGAGAUUACCGUGUAUUUUUUGCGCGUUGUGGUAGUGUCGACUGUCGUGAUGUUAGUCAAAACUUAAAAAGUGUGCGUGCUGUGUAGCUUGAGGAAAAUAAAAUAUUUUACUCAGCGUACAUACAAAUGGGGAAACCAAAAUACUGAAUAGCUAUUUUUAAUGUCACUCUCAUUUACUAGACUUUGUCUAAGCAGAUUUCCUUUAAUUUUAUAUUACGAUAAUAAUUUGAAAGGUCACGGUCAAGUUAUUGAAGUAUUACACGAUAACGAGAAUGAUCAGAGGACGAAUAAAACAUCUGCUACAUUGCAUGUUUUUUUUACUCUUCAUUUUUUUUUUCCUCGUGUUUGCUGGGGCUAUUAACCUGGAUGAUAAUGAAAAAGAAUUCAUUGAUCCUUGGGAGAAUUAUGGAGUUUUUGGUGCACUAAUAUUGUAUAUCCUAAGACUUCUGACUUUACUUACAAUACCACAGGUGCUCUGCAAUUUUGCUGGCCUAACUUUAUUCAAUGCUUUUCCUGGAAAAAUUCGUCUGAAAAGCUCACCAUUACUUGCUCCCUUUAUUUGUAUAAGAGUGGUCACAAGAGGGGAUUUCCCAAAACUGGUAAAAGAUAAUGUGAAUAGGAACAUGAAUAAGUGUAUAGAUGUUGGCAUGGAGAACUUUAUGAUAGAAGUUGUGACUGACAAAGCUAUAAAUUUGCCGAAACACCGAAAAGUAAGAGAAGUAGUAGUUCCAUCAGAUUAUCAGACUAAAUCUGGAGCUUUAUUCAAGGCGCGAGCCCUACAAUAUUGUUUAGAAGAUCAAGUGAACAUACUGACAGAGACUGAUUGGAUUGUACAUUUAGAUGAAGAGACUCUUUUGACAGAAAAUUCUUUAAGGGGAAUUUUAAAUUUUGUUAUGGAUGGACAGUAUCAAUUUGGUCAAGGUCUCAUCACUUAUGCCAAUGAACAGAUUGUAAAUUGGUUGACAACAUUAGCAGAUAGUUUCAGAGUUGCUGAUGAUAUGGGCAAGCUAAGGCUGCAAUUUUAUCUAUUCCAUAAACCACUGUUUAGUUGGAAAGGAUCUUAUGUAGUAACACAAGUAAGUGCAGAGAAGAAAGUAUCUUUUGAUAAUGGCCUCGAUGGAUCAGUGGCUGAAGAUUGUUUUUUUGCCAUGAAGGCAUAUAAGGAAGGCUACACAUUUAAUUUUGUUGAAGGAGAAAUGUGGGAAAAAUCCCCCUUUACUCUUUGGGAUUUCAUGCAGCAACGAAAAAGAUGGAUUCAAGGUAUACUUUUAGUGGUACAUUCCAAAGAAAUACCUUUAGUUAAUAAUGUAUUCUUAGCAAUUUCUUGUUACUCUUGGGUAACACUCCCACUAUCAACAAGUAAUGUUGUUUUGGCUGCUUUAUGUCCAAUUCCAUGUCCUCAAUUUUUAGACAUUGCUUGUGGAUUUACAGCAGCUGUUAACAUUUAUAUGUACAUUUUUGGAGUCAUCAAGUCAUUUCCUGUACACAGAUUUGGACCAUUAAAGUUUAUACUAUUUGUUGGGGGAGCUUUGGCUACUAUUCCAUUAAACAUAGUUAUUGAAAAUAUUGCAGUUAUUUGGGGAAUGUUAGGAAAAAAGCACAAAUUUUAUAUUGUUAACAAAGAAAUUAAAACACCUGUUACUGUGUGAUUUUUCAGUAUGUUAUUGAGAUUACUAAAUUAAACCAUAAAAUACAUAUUACUCUUUGCUAGUAACUGCACAUUGAUAUGCACAAUAAUUGUUAUGUAUUCUAUACAACAAUUAUUAUGUAUUAGGAAAAAUACUAAUUUUAAAUUUAAUUUAAAAGAGGGAAACUGAAUUGAUUCAAAGUUAUAUAAAGAAAGUUUUUUUUUGUUACCAUUUAAUUUUACUUAUUGAUAUAAAAAAUUCAUAUGUACAAAUGGUAAAAAUUAUAAUACUAAUUAAUAAUUUUUAUAUAAUAGUUAAAUUCUUAAAAAGCUAAAUUAUUGUUAAGCUAACUUUAUAAUUAUUUAUUGAUAUUUGUUAGUUUUAGUAACAGCAGCACUUAAUUUAUUUUAAUAGGUACACAUGGUGCAAUAAUGUGACAGGUAGAAUCUGAAAGCAUACCAUAAAUUCAUGUAAAUCACAUAUACUCUUGUAUUAUAUAGCACACACACACAUAUAUAUAUAUAUAUAUAUUAUAUAGCAGUAGAAAAUUAGAAAAGUCACAAACACCUUUGCUUGAAAAAUGAUUGUAAUGAAAGUUUGGAUAGUAAAUCUAAUGAAGCGCAUUAAAUUAAAUUUUUAUUUGUUAACGUUUUUAAUUUUGUGGCACAAAUACCAGUACAAUGUAUGACAAUUUUCUUAUGUGAUAAAAUAUGCACUAUCAAUUAGACUUAAUUAUAAUUUUAUUUCCAAACAGAAUUUGCAGGUCAAUUUAGUACAAGGUUUAAUAACAAGUACCUUAAUACUAGUUUUUGACUGGUCACAAAAUAAUAGAUUGUUGAACCUAAAUCACAAAGCUUAUUAUAUGAAAACUGCUUUUAAUUAGAAUGUUUUGAGAACAAGUUUGCAUGUGAAUUUUAAAUUGAUAAAUAAUUAUAGCAUAAAAAUCUUAAUUGAUAUUUUUAAGACCUCAGAUAUGUGGUAUUUACUUUAUUUAUUUAUAUAGAUAAAUGAACAUAAGUAAUUUGGUCGAUUUGAUGCACUGUAGUUAAUGUCUGAGACUAUUUGACAUAAUGUUAAUGAUGAUAAAUAUUAAUAAAAUUUUAAAAUAUUUGGUGUUUCGUAAUAUUGUUAUAAUUGUGUCAUGGUAUUUCCUAAAUAAAUAAAUUUAAAUUAUGGGGCAAGAGCUUGUGUUUGGCUAAUAAUCUUAUUUGGUCAUCAUUACUGGCUGAUAACAAAUGCAAGUGGAAAACUAGAUCGAAAUGACCAAUAUUAAUUGUUAUUUAUAUAAUAGCAUUAUAGUACAGACUUAUUCAUAAUUUGCGUAGGUAUCUCACUAGUCAUAAAAUUUAUAAAAAUAAGUAUCCGUAGGUUAAUUUAUUGUGGCGUGUAUUUACUAUUACAGUCUUUUUAUUUUUCUGUGUAGGAGAUUGUAAACCCACUUUGAUGACAGUUUGAAGAGUUAAUAUUUAAAAAAAAAACUUUCAAAACAAUAUGUUGUGCAAUUAUUUUCAUCCAUAUUCUUUUAAUGAAGACAUAGCAUAAAUCUAAUUUAGUCAUGUUUGAAGAAUUUUUAGUAUUAUUGUCUGCAAAAAAGUGUUUCUACAAAUGUAUAAUAAAAAUAAGAAUGUUGCGAAUGAUUGCUAUUAAUUUUGUACCUAACUAGUUGGAAGUGUUUGAAAAUUGUAAUUAUAUGAUUAGUUAUCUUAAAUUGAAUUGAAGAUUGUAAUUAUUUUUGAACAAGUUAAAUUGACUGCAUAUGAUUUGUUUUAGUAGUGUGACAUAAAGUUACUUAAACUUAUUUAGAUAGUAUUUAGUGAACCCUGACUACUCUUUGCUAUUAUUGAUGAAAAAUAUAAAAUUUACUUCCUGUUUCAUAAUUUUAUUCAAUCACAUCCUCUGUUAAAUCUUAAUCUGAUGGUAAAGGACAAGUGCAAAGCGGGGUUAAGUGAAGACAGUU